UACUUCAUGUUUUUCAAACCACCCAAUAUACACAAAAAAUGAACAGUCUCCUUCUCCCUCCACCCUUAUCCACCACCAUCUCCACCACCACCACCACCACCAAAUCCUUCCUUAACCACCACCACCAACCACCACUCCCUUCAAGCCACGUCAUCACCCACUCUUCCCUCCGUUCCCCUUCUUCCCCUUUCUUGUCCGAAAACGACACCCUCACUCAAUCCGACGUCGUUUCACAACACUUCCCUCACCGCCAAUACGAUUUCACCCCAUUACUCACCUUCCUUGCCACCACCAACUCACCCAACUCGCCCGACUCACCUGACCCACCAGCCUCACUGGCCCAGACCGAGUUACGCCUCGCUGAGUCAUACCGAGUUGUCCCUGCUCCACUUUGGCACUCGCUUCUUAAAACCUUGACGGCACCCACCUCGUCAACUUCAUUCGAAACUGCUCACGCGCUUGUCACGUGGCUUCAGAAGCAUAAUUUAUGUUACAAGUAUGAAUUACUGUACUCAAUUCUUAUCCACGCGCUUGGACGCGCCGAAAAACUGUAUGAAGCUUUUUUGCUUUCACAAAACCAAGAAUUAACUCCUAUUAUUUACAAUGCUCUUAUUGGCGCGUGUGCGCGUAACAAUGAUUUGGAAAAAGCUAUUAACUUAAUGAAUAAGAUGAAACAAGACGGAUAUUGUAGUGAUUUUGUUAAUUAUAGUUUAAUUAUUCAGUCAUUAGUUAGAAGUAAUAAAAUUGAUUGUGUUUUGUUGGAAAAAUUAUAUAAUGAAAUGAUAUAUGAUGGUAUUGAAUUAGAUGGACAAUUGUUGAAUGAUUUAGUUUUGGGGUUUGCGAAAUCGGGUGAUUUGGACCGGGCUAUGUCGUUUUUAGGUGAGAUACAGGGGAAAGGGAUGAACCCGAGAACGAGUACGGUGGUUUCGUUGAUUUUGGAGCUGGGUAAUGUAGGACGGGCUGAUGAGGCCGAAGCGAUAUUUGAAGAGAUUAAGGAAGGUGGAAGUGGAGGAGGACUAGUUGUGCCUAGGACUAGAGCGUAUAACGCGGUUUUGAAAGGGUAUGUUAAGAAUGGGAGUUUAAAAGAUGCGGAAAUGGUUGUGAGUGAGAUGGAACGAAAUGGGGUUAUGCCGGAUGAACAUACGUAUAGUCUUUUGAUUGAUGCGUAUGGGAAUAACGGAAGGUGGGAAAGUGCGAGGAUUGUUUUGAAAGAGAUGGAGGCUAGAGGUGUGAAGCCGAGUUCGUUCGUUUUUAGUAGGAUUUUAGCUAGUUAUCGAGAUAGGGGUGAGUGGCAAAAAAGUUUUAAAGUGUUGAAAGAGAUGCAGAAGUGUGGGGUGAAGCCGGAUAUACAAUUUUAUAAUGUGAUGAUUGAUACGUUUGGGAAGUAUAAUAUACUUGAUCAUGUAAUGGCCACGUUAGAGAAGAUGAAAGGGGAAGGGAUUGAGCCGGAUACUGUUACUUGGAAUACGCUUAUAGAUUGUUAUUUUAAGUCGGGGGAUUAUAAAAGAGCGGAGGAGCUGUUUGAUGAAAUGAAGCAAAGUGGAUGUUCGCCUUGUACGACAACGUAUAAUAUAAUGAUUAAUUCGUAUGGGUUGCAAGGGAAGUGGAAUGAAGUUAAGAGCUUGUUGGGGAAGAUGCAGAGUGAAGGUUUGUUGCCUAAUGUUGUUACUUAUACUACAUUGAUUGAUGUAUAUGGGAAGUCGGGGAAGUACACUGAAGCAAUCGAGUGCUUGGAAGUGAUGAAGUCUGCUGGUAUGAGGCCGUCGACGACCAUGUAUAAUGCCUUGAUUAACGCAUAUGCACAAAAGGGUCUAUCAAAUCAAGCCGCUAAUACAUUUCGGAUGAUGACAAGUGAUGGUCUGAAGCCUAGCAAUUUAGCUCUCAAUGCGUUAGUCAAUGCGUUUAGUGAGGAUAGAAGAGACGUUGAAGCCUUUGCAGUUUUACAAUACAUGAAAGAAAAUGGCCUGAAACCUGAUAUAGUCACAUACACUACUCUUAUGAAAGCUUUAAUUCGUGUGGAAAAGUUCAGUGAGGUUCCACAUGUUUAUGAGGAAAUGGUACAAUCUGGGUGCACUCCUGAUGGAAAAGCCAGGGCCACAUUAAGGUCUGCCCUGAGGUAUAUGAGACGAACCCUGUAAAUCAUAGUUCAGUAUGAAAGAAAUUAAAGUAUUCAAAGGCACUUUGUUACCCACCAUAAACCACAUGCUUGGCCACCGGUGUCAAUACUCGACGGCAACACAGAAUACACACGAGGUGUGACAUGGAUCAGACGAAUUGUGUUGUAAUUAUCACGUACAUAACUUCAAGUUGAUGCUAAGGCCACGAGUUGAUACAAGGAUGCAAUAUAUUGAAGAUUCGUGCACAACCGAAGUGUAAUACAUACCAUUUUCUCAUUACUUUCGUAUUAUAUUUGCACAUACCCCAGUUGUAGGAGUAUUUUUUCAUCAGACAACAGUUACCUUGGCAUCAAACUGUAGUCAGUGACAAGUAUUACCCUAGCCUGUAAACCUUAAAUGUAUAUUCUGUAUAUCUUGCUAUACAUGAAAUAGAUUUACUUUUUGAA